AUGAUGUCUGGUACUUGGGCAGGUUACAAUUUUAAAGAGAUCAAAUCGCAUUUUGGGUUCAAGAAAUAUGCCGUGUCGUGCUUGAUCAUUCUGUAUGGACUAAUAAAGGUUUCGACGUGGAUCUUCCGUCAAUGGGUGUAUUCCAGUUUAAAUCCAUUCUCCAAAAGAAACUUUCUGCUUAAGAGAGCUACAGCCUCCUGUGGCGAGAAGAACGUCAAGGUUUUUGGUUUUUUCCAUCCGUAUUGUAAUGCUGGUGGUGGUGGUGAAAAAGUUUUGUGGAAAGCCGUGGAUAUCACUCUGAGGAAAGAUCCUAAGAACAUCAUUAUGAUCUAUUCCGGUGAUUUCUUGGAUGGCGGGGAUGUCACUCCGGAGAGCAUCUUGAAUGAUGUGAAGACGAAGUUCGAUUAUGACUUAGAUUCUGAUAGAAUAUUUUUUAUUUCAUUGAAAUUAAGAUAUUUAGUGGACUCUUCGACAUGGAAACAUUUUACUUUGAUUGGGCAGGCUAUUGGAUCGAUGAUGCUGGCAUUCGAAUCCAUUAUUAAGUGUCCGCCUGAUAUAUGGAUUGAUUCGAUGGGGUACCCCUUCAGUUAUCCCAUUGUGGCUAGAUUUCUGAAGAGAAUUCCCAUUGUCACAUAUACUCAUUAUCCGAUAAUGUCAAAGGACAUGCUAAAUAAAUUAUUUGCAAUGCCCAAGAAGAGUUUCAAGGUUUACGGUAAAAUAUUAUACUGGAAGAUCUUUAUGUUAAUUUACCAAUCCAUUGGUUCUAAAAUUGACAUCGUCAUUACCAACUCGACGUGGACAAACAACCAUAUAAGACAGAUUUGGUCAUCCAAUACAUGUAAGAUCAUAUAUCCACCAUGUUCCACCGAAAAACUAGUCGAUUGGAAACAGAAAUUUGGUGGUGCUAGGGUCCAGAGGCUAAACCAAGCAAUCGUGUUGGCACAAUUUCGUCCUGAGAAACGUCAUAAACUGAUCGUUGAAUCUUACGCAAACUUCUUGGAAAAUUUACCCGAUUCUAUACCGCCAUUUAAAUUAAUAAUGGUGGGUUCUACCAGAUCCAAGCAAGACGAAGAAUACGUUAAGAGUUUACAAGACUGGUCCGAAAAUGACUUGAAGAUUCCCAAAGGUUUGAUAUCAUUCGAGAAGAAUUUGUCCUUUGAUAAGAUUGAAAUCUUGUUAAACAAAUCUACAUUUGGUAUCAACGCCAUGUGGAAUGAACAUUUUGGUAUUGCUAUUGUAGAGUAUAUGGCUUCCGGGUUAAUCCCCAUAGUCCAUGCAUCAGCGGGCCCCUUAUUGGAUAUAGUAAUGCCAUGGAGCUCUAACUCGAAUACAAAAAAUGACCGCUCACAAUGGGAACUUCAAAAGGAAUAUUUUUCCGAUUUUAAUGAUGACGGUGAGACGACUGGAUUUUUCUUCAAAGAGGAAAGUGAUCCGGAUUUCAACCCAACCAAGGAUCCCCUCAGGUACCCCAAUUUGUCCGAAUUGUUCUUACAAAUGAUGAAAUUGGACGACGACUGCGUAAGCGCAAUGAGUGCAAGAAACCAACAGUAUUCAUUAUUUAAAUUCUCUGAUUUGAAAUUUGAUAGGGAUUGGGAAAAUUUCGUAUUGAAUCCGAUCGACCAGCUAUUAGAAGAGGAGGAAAGGGGCUGA